AUGUAUAGAUAUUUAUUAAUAAUAUUAUUUGUUUGUCUUUGUUAUGAGGUAUCCAAUGCCUCUCAACCAUCAUCAUUCUAUUUCUUAAAGUCAACUGGUAUUGUUUGUGUCACAACUCCAUGUCCAUCAUGGGAGAUCAAUCUUGUAAAUUCCCAACAAAACUCAAUCACUGUUCAUGGAUUGAACUUUGCACCAAGUGUCAAUGAAACAAAGGUCUUUGAGGCCAAAGAGGAUGAACGUAUACUCUAUGGCUACUGGUGCAACACCAAAGUCAAUGGACAAGAUGCUGUCGAGUUCAAAAUACUUGGUGCUCAUAGAAUGAUUGCCAUCGAUGGAUAUGGUCCUCCCAGAGCUGGUGAUUACCUCUCCCUAUCCUACUACCAAUGGAAAUGGGUCAACUUCCCCUUCAUUACCGGACCCAUUGUAUCCCCACCUUCCAAUCCAUUCUUGGAUUAUCCUCACAUGGAUAAGGAAUGGCUCAGGGAUAAACUUUAUAAUCAAGACAAGAAACAUCGUGCAAUUGUUCAAGCUACAGUUGACACCUUUGGUAAAGUGCUGGUCACUGCAAUCUUUGUUAGUUUGGAUGAUCCUGAACAACCUUGUCCUGGUAUUGUGCUCAUUGGAUGUGAUGAUGCUCAUGUGAUGACAUUCAAUCGUGAUGCCAACAGAUGUGUAUCAUUCGAUACAUGUGUUGAGCCAGGAGCAUGCAUUCUCUCCAUCCCAGUAUGUCCAAAGGGUUACAAUUUAGUCUCAAUUCCAUCAAGACCAUAUGGAUGUCCAAAACACUUCUGUGAUCCCGAUUUCCUCAAUCUCACUUGGGAUCAA